AUGGAUUUAGAUAGUAGAGCCUAUUCUAAGCUUAGUUCACUUAGUCAUGAUAAUACAAACUUUGAAAAAUAUCAAAGAAUAUUAGAAGCAUUAAGGCUUUUAGGUAGUCAAUAUGAUCAUGAAACACCAGAAAUUAUAUGUGACUCCUUAGUUUUCACACCUGCAAAUAGUCUUUUUGAGGAUCGCUAUAGAGAUAACCACUUGAAGAGAUGUAUUUCUGGAAAUACUAUUUCGAAUGAACAUGCAAGAAGAAAUGAAAUUCUCAAAUCUAUUGAUACAAAGGAAUUUCAGAUCUGGCAAUAUAAACAAUACAUAUUACAAGAAGAGGCUAAAAUUAAUCGUCUCUCUUACCUUUCAGCCAAAGCAACUAUAGCAGAAAAUACUAUACCAAGUACUCCAAAAUUUGAGCCAGCUUGUAUUUCUGUUACCUCUGCUGGUAACCAAGAAAUGAUUCCACCAACUUCUUAUCAGUCAUCAAAUUGCAAAAGUGAUACAGGCGAAAUAUUUAUCUAGUCUCGGUAUGCAAAACAGCCAAAAGGUACUGUGUUGAGAUUGAAGAAUGAAACACUAAUCACAAUUGUCUAACUGACUUGACUGAUUCUGAGAAAUAUUCUACAUUAUAGACUA